CCCCUACUUUUCACAAAACAGAAAAGUAGUAUGGCUGAAAGAGGAAACAAGAUUCGGUAAGAAAUGAAAACUGCAACGAGAGGUUUCUGUGAAAUAUUAAGGUUGUUUUUCAGGGUAGAUGAACAACUUGAACGACCCAGACUGGAACAUAAGGCCCGACCAGGGGGCAGGUGGGGGUAACAGCAAGUGGAAUUAUGCCCUCCUCGUGCCCAUGCUGGGCCUCGCUGCAUUUCGAUGGAUAUGGUCCAAAGAGUCAGAGAAAGAGAUUCAUGAGGCCAGGACCAAGUAUGAUAAGACCAUGAAAGCUAUCCAAGAAGACCUGGAGCUGAAGUACCGGCAGUCACUUGCAGAGGACCGUAAGGAGACAAUACAGCUGGAAAUGGAGCUAGAGAGGGAACGCAGGCGUGCCCAAGGAUUCAAGCAGGCCUUGGCCUCCCAGAGCCAGCAGCUUCUGGAGAAGAGGCAGGGACUGAGGCGCGAGCGUCAGGCCCUAGACCUGGAGAAAGGUCAAGUGCUGGAGUCUGGUGCUGCCGGGGCACUCUUCCACGAGGCCCUGGGGAAGGAGGGCCAGCGGGAGCAGACUGCGAUCCAGGCCCUCAGGCAGGUGGAGGAGCAGCUGGUGGAGAGGCAGAGCGCCUUCUGCAGCAUCCUGGUGCCCAGGGAGAAGAGGCUGGAGAUGGAGAAAGACCUGCUAGUGAUGACGGCUCGUGAGCCGGCCCUCGCUCGACUGGGCAUGGAGGACAGUCUCAGGGACAUCUUUACAAAUGACCGCAGGUGCGCAGAGUACCUGAACACAGACAAGCGCAGGAACGGAAGCCUGAUGUGGGUCUAUCUGAGGUACUGGCAGCUGCAGGUGACUCUGGAGAAACACCAGAGGGCUGAGGCGUCUCUGCUGGCAACACAGCCCACUGAGAAAUAACAUGGACAGGAGGAUAUUGUGACAUAAAUGUGACAGAUUUACACUCAUGAGAAUAAUAAGAUGAACAUUUGAAUCAUGCACUGCACAUUCCUGAUGUAUAGUCCUAUAAUAUGUUAAUGUGGAAAGAUUUUUUUCUGGAAAACCUAAUAAAUAUCUAAAUCGAAA